GCAGCGCGGCUUCCUGUCCCAAUAUAAAACCGGAUGAAGGCGCCUCUGGAAGCAGCAGGUCGCAAGAAGCCAGCUGCUUCGCAGCAGCAGCCUUGGACGCUGCAGCGAGGCGAUCUGCAGCAGCAGCAGCAGCAGCAGCACAGCGAGAGCAGCAGCAACAUGUCUACUGGCAAGCAGCAGCACCAGCAGCAGCAGGUACUUUCGCCGAGGCGAUGUCACCAAACGAAGCACGAGCAGAAGCAACAGCAGCAGCAGGAGCAGCAGCAGCAGCAGAAACUGCAGCAGCAUCAGCAGCAGCAACAGCAGCAGCAGCAGCAACAGCAGCAACAGCAGCAGCAUCAAAAGCAGCAGUGGCCCUCCCGACCUGUAACGAAAGUCAGAUCAAGAGCCAGCGGAGCCUCUCGGGAACUGCCUGA